CAUCCCACAAUGAAGACCUUCGUCCUCCUCUGCCUGGUGGCUCUGGCCACGGCCGACCAGAGUGCCCGAAUCGUCAACUACCAGUACGGCAUUGAGGAGGAUGGCGCCUACGAGGCCCAAUACCAGACAACCAACGGCAUCAGUGCCAAGGAGGACGGCAUCUCCUACCCCGGCAACGUCCCCGAGGCCGGCAACUACGUGAGGAGCGGCUCCUACUCGUACGAAUGGGAGGGCGUCACCUACACUGUGAACUGGACGGCCGACGAGAACGGCUUCCACCCUGUCGGGGACCAUCUACCCGACUUCAGUCACACCCGGGAGCACAUUGGCAGCAUUGACGACCACCAGUAGUUCAAAUAAGUGUUUCAUUGCGGUGAACGAGCUGUGAACUCAACUAUCAAUUAGCAUCGUCGUCUCAGUCAUUGAUGUUACGUUCGUUUUAAAUGUUUGUCCUUGCGUAUGAAUAUGUGGGAGCCUAUCGUGUUUUGUUCGUG